AUGGGAAUUAAUAAUUUUGCUGAUAAAACGUUUGAAGAAUAUUCAAGCAAAUACACUUUAAAUGAAACAAUGAUAUCAAAAUUAGCCGAAUUACUGAAAGAUUUCAUGACUACGCCGACAAAAACCAUCAAGCGCAUUGAAAUGAAUGAAAGUCUGCCAAUGAGUUUUGAUUGGCGUGAUCGUGGUGCUGUAACGAAAGCUAGAGAUCAAUAUGAGUGUGGCAGUUGUUAUGCAAUUGAUUGCUACUAUAGUAGAAAUAAAUAUCACACUUGGGGAUGCACUGGUGGUAUGCCUUAUCGAGUUUAUGAUUAUGUGAAAGAUAAUAAUGGCAUAAGUAAAGCUUCUGAUUAUCCUAAUGAAUCGAAAGAUGGUGAAUGUCAUCUUCAGAGAGAGAAAUUCCCAAUUUAUAUGAUUGGAUAUGGAAUAAUUGAUACCAACAGCGAAGAGACUCUCGAACAAGCUCAGAUCAAUUAUGGACCAAUAGUUGUUGCCUUAGACGGUGGUCAUGAAUCGUUUCAAAGAUAUUCCAGUGGAAUUUAUUAUGACAAAACGUGUUCGUCCAUGGUUACAACUCACAGUGUUCUUCUAGUUGAAUAUGGAAGUGAUAAUGGCAAUGACUAUUGGAUAUUGAAGAAUUCCUUCGGUAAUUAUUGGGGCGACUCGGGAUUUUUUAAACUUUCAAGAAAUUGUGGUAGUCAUUGCGGCAUUAUUAGAAUGCCAUUAUUUCCAAUUCUUAAAUGA